AUGUUGAAUAGUCAAUCUGAAACAACAAUAACCAGUUCAAUUAUGCUAAAUAAUUUAUGUUUAGGCGUUAAAACAAAUGAAUUAAUUGAGGAUAAGACUGAUUGUCGUUAUUAUUAUGUAUGUCAACCCAAUAAUAGUAAACCUAUUUCACGUUUACAAUGUCCUCAAUAUAUGUUUUUUUCAAUAAAAGAAAAAACAUGUACACAUCAAUAUUCUGAACAAGUUAUUAUAAAAGUAAUAUUUCAAUGUCGAAAAUCGAAUGGAAUAUUUCCUGAUUUAUCUGAUUGUAGACAAUUUAUAUUAUGUUCAAAUAAUAUUUCUUUUUCAAUGAAAUGUCCAUUACAAACAAAAUUCAAUUCAUUUUUAAAUCGAUGUGAUUGGUGGUCGAAUAUUUGUCCUUAA